CUGUAAACCAAGUUGUGAUUGCAAUUGGUGUCACUUCCCACUACUAAGUAGGUAUUUUCCCAGGUGGGUGUCUUCCCCAUUUUUGCGAUGCUUUGCUUCAAAGCUGAAAAGUAAGGAGGGGCAGCUUUAAAACUAGAGGAGAUGUCAAAAUGUAAAAUGUGGUUUUGAUGAGGUUGCCAAAGCCCAAAACCCGCCAAAGACCUCUCCAGUUUCCACUACCACCUCACCUUACGACUCUGCCACGUGGUGUAACAAACUGUUUGCAUGAAUCCAAGGUGGUGUGGUUUGGUCAGCCAAGUGGAUCCAAUCUCUCUGUAACGGUUCGUGUUAAAACGCUUCAACAAACAACAUAACCAUAACCCUUCUCAACCUUUCCCAAUCACCUCAAUCUCUCACACCAAAAAUUUAUGGCAAAAAAAUUAUGGGUGAUAGAAGAAAACCUCUCUCCUGCAUGCCUCUUUUUUCUAGGGUGGAUCGCUUGGAUUCUACUAUGAAAUACUUAGAGGGAAAGCAAAAUUUAAUGGAAGAAAAAGGUGAGAAACAAUGCAUACCGAUGGAUUUGGCAGUGAGAGAGGCUCAGUUCAAAGGGUCACUGUUAGAUCGGAUCACUUGGCUCGAACAGCGGCUUCAUAAGCUAUCCUUGCAGCUGGAAACUAGGAGCAAGCAGCAGCCUCAUCCCUCACGGAUGCAAACAGCUGGGGAAACAUCUUCUAGACAUGGACCCAAGAAGGAACUUUCUUGUUCAUUCCCAGUUUUCAGCACUCGAAAUCAUAAUCAUGGCCACAAACAAACCUCCCAAUUCCAUGUCCCUAGGUUUGAAUAUCAGGGGAAAUCUGAUAGAGGGCAACAGAGGCAGAAACACCCAAGUACACUAAAGCAGCAAGUCGGGAAGAAGAAUAGGACCAAUAAAGAAGAUAAGACGAGCAAAAGUGGAAAGAGAAUGCCUCCCAAUUGGCCUCACUUUAAAAUGUUGGGUUGCUAGUCCACCUCACCUAGCUAAUUUCUUUCUUUUCCUUCCCUUUAACUCUUUAUUGUUGCUUUCUUAAUCCCAUACCAUAUCUCCCGAUACUGCAAUUUCAUUCCCGGCCUUAUUCUUUUCCCAAGUUUUUUUCAGUUGUCAUAUGGAUAUUCUGUGCUUUGAUGUGGGUGACAGCCCAGACAUCCAUUCUAAGGACAUAAUGGUUAUUUUACAUAAACUAUACUAUUAAAUUUUAUAGAUUCCGCACUUACUGAGGUUGCA